CGAUACGUAUAAGAUCUUCACUGAAAAUGAAGGUAUUCCUGACGUUUCUAAAAUGGACUGUGCUUAUUGGUGGAACAAAUAUCGCCUAUGGAUCAGGUCCCAGGUAUAGAGACGGUCAACUCAUUGCACGUUUGGAAAAUUUACAAGUUUCGGAUGCCUCCGGACUAGCGGCAAGUCGUAAGCACCGUGGUGUCCUCUACACUCACAACGACGGCGACCGGAACGACCCUUACCUAUACGCAAUAAACGCUUCAAAUGCAGUCAUCAUAUCCACUCUCAGGUUAUAUCCUGCUCAGAAUGAGCGUUGGGAGGAUAUUGCUGUUGGUCCCUGUGGCACGAAGAGUUGCAUUUACAUAGGAGAUAUGAUCGGAGCACGAACAAUUUAUCGUGUUGAGGAGCCCGACUUUAUUUACUCUGAUCAGAUUCUGACAGGAGUGUCCGCUAUUCAUUAUCACUGGGACAGUCAUUCUGAUGUUUUGAUGGUAGACAGACAUGGCAACGUAUUUCUUAUAUCAAAUCAAAAGCAUCAUGAUCAUGGAAGACAAGUUGGUCGUCUAGUCGCCGAGAGUUGGAAUAGCAAUCAUACUGUUGAUAUAACAACAAAUGUACAUCUUCCACAUUUACAUAAUUUUGAGGAAAACCAUGAUCCAUCUUCUGGUGAUAUUUCAGUAGACGGUACUCAGAUUUUACUUGCGUCAUUAAAUGACCACGCCUACUACUGGAAAGUUCAAAAUGACGAUAUAUUGAGUACACUACGACACGCACCUGAUUUACUUCCGAUUCCAACUCAUACCGUGGAAGGGAUCUGCUGGGACACUGAGGGACGAAACUAUUACGAGAUUGCCGAGAGCCAUCAUAGACCGUCUCCACUGUACAUAUAUAAUCGUAUCUAA